GCUCCCAGCUGGAAACUGGAGGCGGGGAGGUAGGGGCCCCUGCCGCUCUGCUUGGGUGUGGGGACCCCAGAAGCCAGCUCCCCUCUGGGGCGGCCCUGGUGGUGGCGUUUCUCAACCGCCCCCCAACGGGAGGGAAGACUCCCGCAACCCCAGGCCUGGCUCCCUGGCCUCUGACCCUGGGGACACCCCGCCCACAUCUGACCCAGCGCCCACAAGCUGGGGGGCGACGAAUUUUUAACUAGACACGUAGAUCAUUAACCAGGGUAGGAAGGGGUCCAAACUCAGCCUCCCUGAGGGGCAGAGACCAGCUGGGCCCCGGCCGCCUACAGAGAUGCUGGCGCCCCGAAUCUGCGCCGCCGUGUGGCCUGGGCUGAGCAGGGGCUUGUCCAGGAAAGUGGGGGGCAGGACCUCGGGAGAGGGGAAGAAGGUGGACAUUGCCGGUAUCUACCCCCCCGUGACCACCCCGUUCACGGCCACUGCUGAGGUGGACUAUGGGAAGCUGGAGGACAACAUACGCAAACUCAGCACCUUACCCUUACGAGGCAUCGUGGUCCAGGGCUCCAACGGGGAGUUUCCUUUCCUGACCAGCAGCGAGCGCCUGGAGGUGGUGAGCCGAGUGCGCCAAGCCAUGCCCAAGGACAAGCUCCUGCUGGCCGGCUCCGGCUGCGAGUCCACUCAAGCCACAGUGGAGAUGACCCUGAGCAUGGCCCAGGUCGGGGCUGACGCCGUCAUGGUGGUGACACCCUGCUACUACCGCGGUCGCAUGGACAGCGCUGCCCUCAUUCACCACUAUACUAAGGUGGCCGAGCUCUCCCCGAUCCCAGUGGUGCUGUACAGUGUCCCUGCCAACACGGGGCUGGAUCUGCCCUUAGAGGCGGUGGUCACGCUCUCCCAGCACCCCAACAUCGUGGGCAUCAAGGACAGUGGUGGCGACGUGACCAGAAUCGGGCUGAUGGUUCACAAGACCAAGGGGCAGGAUUUCCAGGUGUUGGCCGGCUCGGCCGGCUUCCUGCUGGCCGCCUACGCCGUGGGAGCUGUCGGGGGUGUGUGUGCCCUGGCCAAUGUCCUGGGCGCUCAGGUGUGCCAGCUGGAGCGACUCUGCCUCACGGGCCAGUGGGAAGAUGCCCAGAAGCUGCAGCACCGCCUCAUUGAGCCCAACAGCGCGGUGACCCGGCGCUUUGGGAUCCCGGGCUUGAAGAAAACCAUGGACUGGUUUGGCUACUACGGAGGCCCCUGCCGGGCCCCCCUGCAGGAGCUGAGCGCCAGCCAGGAGGAGGCCCUGCGCAUGGACUUCACCAACAACGGCUGGCUGUGAGCCGGCUGGAGCGGGGGCUGCCCGGCUGAGCGCAUCUCUGCCUCCUGUCCUGCGCCUGCCUUCCAGAGAGGACCGUGGCGGGCAGCGGGGGGAACAGGGCUGCUUCCCUCUUGUCCCCCAGUAAUUCCUCAGCAGGCUCUGCCUUGGGCGCUCACUUCCUGCUCCCAGCCCAUGACCUCUGACAUCUGUGCCCCUCACUCUGGGCCCUCAGAGACCUUAUUUCUGGGAAGGAGUCCCUCUCCCUGGACGCUCCCUGUGCUUCCUCCUGCCCCAGGUCUCGUGAUCCCGAGAGGCAGGUGGGCCCAGGCAGGCCGAGUCUUUUUCUGGGGGGCCGGGGGGCGGGAAUGUCAACUUGGAGUCGAGUUGGGCACCCAGGCUGGUAGCUGGGCUGCUCCUGAGAACCCAACUUCUGCCUCCUUUCAGGGGACACAGGAGGAUGGGAAACCGGAUCAGAAAGUGUCCCUGGCCUUUGAAAGGCUCCCAGCCGCAUUCCAGUGCCCUUUCCUAAAUCUAUUUUGAUUCACCGCAUCCCCUUGUCUCUCCCCUGGAUCCCAGCCCUCAAGCGCCCGGUGGCAGCCCUGUGGCCUUCCAGAACUGGUCACUCAUGACACCUGGUGGCCAAACACAGCAUUCUCGACCGCUAGCCUCAGCAGCCCGGUCUGAAACACUAGGGGAG